GCUGUGGUUAGAAACUUAGGCGACAACAACAUAAUGGUGAUAUUGGACAACCAUAUAAGCAAACCAGGAUGGUGCUGCAGUAAUUCUGACGGCAACGGCUUCUUUGGAGAUAAAUAUUUCGACCCAGAUUUGUGGGUUGAUGGGCUAACUAAAAUGGCUAGCUUGUUUAACGACACGGCCAAUGUGAUUGGAAUGAGCCUGAGGAAUGAGCUUAGAGGACCAAAGCAGAAUGUAAAUGACUGGUACAAAUACAUGCAAAGAGGUGCAGAGGCAGUGCAUGCCGCUAAUCCAAACGUCCUUGUUAUACUUUCCGGCCUAAGUUUCGACAAUGAUCUGAGCUUCCUUUCAAAUAAGCAGGUUCAGCUAAGCUUUCCUUCAAAGCUUGUAUUUGAGCUGCAUUGGUAUGCCUUCUCUAAUGGAAAUGCUUGGCAAAGUGGCAGCCCAAACCAAGUCUGUGGCUCCAUUUCAUCUAGCGUCAUGAGAAGGGCGGGAUUCCUAGUGAGCCAGGGCUGGCCCCUCUUCAUAAGUGAGUUCGGAAUUGAUCAACGAGGCACAAACACCAAUGACAACCGCUACUUUGGUUGCUUUCUUGGCUUGGCGGCUGAACUUGAUGUAGACUGGGCGCUUUGGACUCUGCAAGGAAGCUACUAUCUUAGAGAAGGCGUGGUGGGCAUGGAAGAGUUUUAUGGUUCGCUAUCUUACGAUUGGAGCAGGCAAAGGAACUCUUCCUUUUUGCAAAGGAUAUCAACUCUGCAAUCUCCUUUUCAAGGUCCUGGACUUUCCGCCAUAAAGCCCUACAAAGUUCUCUUCCACCCGGCAACUGGGCUGUGUGUGGCGAAGAAAUCUCUGUCUGAGCCGCUUCACCUGGGGCAAUGCGACGAGUCCGAAGCCUGGGAUUACACCGGACAACACACACUUCUAUUAAAGGGCACAACAGUGUGCCUCAAAGCAGCAGGCGAGGGUGAGAAGGUGAAGUUUGGGACGAUUUGCAGCGAUGCUGCCUCCAAUUGGGAGCUCAUAUCGGAUUCGACGAUGCAUUUGUCGACAAAAUUGACGGCGAACAGCAGCAGUAGUCUGUGCUUGGAUGUCGGCUCAGAUGGAAGAACCAUAGUGACUAGCACAUGCCUGUGUCUUGACAGAGAUCAAACGUGCGAUCCUGAGAAUCAGUGGUUUAGGAUAAUUGACAGCAGUAGACCUGUUACGAGUAAGAGGUCGCUCAUAGAUUGGCUAUUUGGGAAUUUAUGGUGGAAUCUAUUGUGAAUCAAAUUAUGAUCAUAUGUCAUAUGAAUCAUAACUCUUGGUAAUGCGUUAAAUACGAAGAAAGAACCCCAGAUACUCACUCAAUUAGGAAGGAUGUUAUUUCUGGUUUGAUCUUCAAUUG